AUGAAAACUUUUUUGAUUGUUUUGCUGGCCGCUGUUGCCAUUGUCAACUGCCAAGGAGGUCAACCAGAUGACAACCCGGAAAAAGUUCAUGUAGUCGACUACAACCCGAUUGGAGAUCAAGUUUACAACAACAACCCUGAUAAAUUUGUUCCGGACAAUUACUUUUACAAGCCUGGAAACAGCGGCCCUGCUGACAAUGGUACACCUCAAAAUUUGCCAUACCCUCCUAAGAAAUAUGACUCCCCAUAUCUUCGAGGUGGAAAG